CUGUGACCUGAGUGGCCGCUGGCUGACUGAUAAGGGGAGGCAUUAGACCGGUUCCCUGCAGCGAGGGUUUAUAACCAGGAGUUCGGGACGCCGGACAUCAUUCCCGUACACCAUGUGGAAGCUGACGGUCCUCGCCCUACUCGCCACGGCGUCAGCACAGAUCCCCUCGCUGGGGUGGUGCCCGGACUUCCAGCCCAUGGCUAACUUCAACAUGAACCGCUUCUUGGGCACGUGGUACGAGGUGGAGAGGUACUUCACCGUCAGCGAGUUGGGCAGCCGCUGCGUUGCCACCAACUACAUCAGCACGCCCGAAGGCAGGAUCCUGGUCAGCAAUGAAAUCACCAACUAUCUGACUGGCUUAAAGCGGCUGAUGGAAGGCCACCUCCAGAUGGUGGGCAGGGAAGGGGAAGGCCGAUUCAUGGUGAAGUAUUCCUCUCUCCCGCUGCCCUACGACUAUGAGUACAGCAUACUGGACACCGACUACGAUAGCUACGCCGUCAUGUGGUCGUGCAGCGGCCUCGGACCAGUGCACACGCAGAGUGCCUGGCUGCUCACUCGCGAGCGGCUUCCAUCAUUGCUGAUCAUGCAGAAGGCUUACGCAGCUCUGGACAGAUUCAAAAUUUCCAGGGCAUUCUUCGUGAAGACCAACCAGGCGGACUGCACUGUGUUGCCGGACCCUAUCGCGGACCCCUCGUACGAAGAGAACAGGAAGAUUGUCCCUAUCGUGGAGAAGAGCGUUGGCAACGUGAUCGAUGAAAAGAAGGUGGAGCAGCCCGAUGAGAAACGAGUAGAGCCUGAGGUGAAAGCCAACGUGCCACAGGUGCAAGAGCGCGCUUCCAUCGCCAGUCCAGAAGUUGCGGAAGAUGCCAAACCCAUGCAGGUUCCAGAACUCAUCAUGUCGGAAUCAGAGAAUAAGGAACAGAUAGUUGAACCAGCUCCCAACCUGAAGGCAGACCCAGCCGUGCCAGCCGAACCUGAGAUGAAAGAAAAAGAACCAUCUGCCUAGUAGAUCAAGCCCAGUCGCAGUCAGAACCACGAUGUCGAUGAUUGGAUGUGACCAACACUUAAAGGCUAUUUUACCAAAUAAGUACCUAACAAGUCGAUGGACGCCCAUCCUAAAACGCGUCAACUUAGCAUAAGCCGCACGGUAGUCACUUAAAAUGUAAUAAAAGUCAAAUCUGAAAUAAAUAAAUGGAAAAAC